UUUUGCCGUACGUCACUUCCUCCCUCCUCUCUCGCUUCCAUCUUGCUUCCCGCAUGUGUCUGCUGUUAGUUUACAGAUGAAAGAAACAAUUAUGAAUCAAGAAAAACUUGCUAAACUACAGGCACAAGUCCGCAUCGGCGGAAAGGGUAGUGCUCGCAGAAAGAAGAAGGUUGUCCACAGAACCGCAACUGCAGAUGACAAGAAGCUCCAGUUCUCCUUAAAGAAGCUUGGUGUCAACAACAUCUCCGGCAUUGAAGAGGUGAACAUGUUUACAAAUCAAGGAACAGUCAUCCACUUCAACAACCCCAAAGUACAGGCCUCACUCGCAGCCAACACCUUCACCAUCACUGGCCACGCUGAGACCAAGCAGCUGACCGAGAUGCUGCCGGGCAUCCUGAACCAGCUGGGAGCCGACAGCCUGACGAGCCUCAGGAGACUCGCCGAGGCCCUGCCCAAACAGGCUGCAGAUGGAAAAGCGCCAAUUGCAACAGUAGAGGAAGAAGAUGAUGACGUUCCAGAUCUGGUGGAGAAUUUCGACGAAGCAUCCAAGGAUGAGGCUAACUAGAGGAAAUUGGACUCCCCGGAGUGUCAAAACUUGACAGGACCAUAUGGGCACAAGAUGUUUUAAUGUCUUUUUAGAGAGGUGGAAUGUUAAUAAAGUAUCCGAGAAGAUUUUUAAUCUGUCAACUUUUUUGCUGUGAGCAUUCUGUAACAUGUACAACACCUCGACAAAUGAAUUACAUACUCCCGAGUGAAGUAUUUUGGAGUAUUUUUUUAGAAUAGUACUCUAAAGUAUUAAAAACCAGGCUAGCAGUAUUUAAGUGAGGUAUUUUAGUAUUCAUUCCACCUCUUGUUUGCCACCAGACUCUCCAAAUGCUUGUUGUGUUCUGUGGUCCAGUUAGUGAGAGAUUGUGUAUAAAAUGUGUUUCAGGCUCCUGUUCUGCAUCUGUUUCCUCUGUGUUACUGAACCUUAAUUCUUGUGGCCUCGCUAAACCACCGAUGUGGAAUAAACCUUUGCUACUGUC